ACAUGCUGUUUGUUAGAAUCAGGAGUUAGGUGCGUACGGCCGGCCGGUAAUGCCUGUUACAAUAAAAGAAUUCAAAAGACAGUCCAGCAAAAAAGAUUGAAAUUUGUUGUAGACCCCGGGGUGAGUCAGAUGUACAUAUGCGAGCACCACAAGAACAUGAUCCAGAACUAUAGAAACCAGCAACAUCAAAAAUCAAGGGAUAAUAAUAAUCAUAAUGAUAAUAAUAAUAGUCAUAAUAAUAGGGAUAUUAACUUUUUGAUGUUACCUUUGAGUCUACUUAGGAGGUACAAAAGAAAUUUUAAAUUAAUUUCAAAGCCAGGAUGUAAUAAGGCCCAGCUGGCCGAUAUUGUUGCCAGGCACUUCAGCAAAAUUCAAGUUGACCAGAAAGACGUUCUGACGUGUUUUCUCUACACGUGCAAGUCAAACAGAUCUCAG